ACGCAGAAAACUUGCGUUCAGCAGUUGAUUUUAUCAGCUUUUCAAAGCAAAGUGGCAAAUCACGUUUAUAAGCAUUUGCGGUUGAAAUUGUUUUUUAACUCUCCCAGUUCCUGAUGCUGUCCAGAGUAUUUCUUUCAUCAUGAAAAAUGCAUGCAAAGCGUUUUCAGAGUACUCAGAUGGACAAAACACUGGACACAGGAUGUUCCUACCAAGCUUGUUACACAUUGGAAUGACCAAUUCACACCUCAGACCUCUCCCACUCUUACCAACAAAAGAUAUGUUAAUGACCAUUCACACCUAAAAUUUCUUAUG